CGCUGGGAAGCUUAUUUUUGAAACAACCCCCGUAUAAACCGCGUAAUCUCGUGAAUAAUUGACGGGAUUAAUCCCUCUGAUGUGCCGAAUAAUCUUAAUGCAUUCGCAAACCCGUUGCAUCAAUCUACGCUUUAUCGUAUGUAAACAAAGACGCAUACAUGCCGAUGCAUUUACACUUGCACAUGUGUUCGUAAUGUAAAAGGGUGUCCGCCAUUGUUUCAGUUAGCGCGAUUUGCACAGGUUUUAGUGAUUCUGGAGAUAAGUGACACGGUGGAAAAAGUGGAAGUUUUGGAGAAUACGCUGCGUAUAGUAGAUGAAUAAAUUAGGAGGCAUGUUGAAGAGCACAACUUCAAUUAGUUUGAAUCUCUAAGCUGGAAAUAACAUAUACAUCGAACGCGAGCAAUAUGUCUGGAACAACUAGCUUCAUGUUUAUAGUGAUAUCGACAUCAACUUUAGUACAGGCGUCUUACCAUUGCAAAGAGUUUAGUAUGAUGGAGGCAACUUUCUGUUGCUACGAGUUCGCUCUUUUUCACGAGGAAUCGGGAAACUACAUCAAACUUUACGCAUUCAUCUAUGGAAAAAAUAUCAGGAUCAAUAUCAGUUUGGAAGAAGUGUUAGAACCAGACGAUGCGCUAGAAAUUUUUGUUACUGAUGAAAAUUAUGAGUAUCGUGGAGCUCAAGAUACAUUAUCGGCAGGAAAUUAUAUGGUUGAAUUGACCGAUAUCGCAGACGUCAAUUUGAAAAAAUAUAUCGAAUUAUCGUUGCCCCAAUUGAACAUUUCCAGAGAGUUAAACUUAGGUAACGUGUCUUUCAAAGCGCAAUUCCCUAGUUACGUCGAAACUUUUUUUAGCUUGUCCCGAGGUUUGCUGUGUGAUAUGCUCGUCGAUGGUUGCCGAUAUCACAAAUGUCACGAUGUCGGGCCAAUACGAAUACCUUCUUUCUGUGUCUACUAAUACAUCUUCUAAUUUAGAAAUUAUGACUAUCAACUACAACAAUAUAAUAACAGGUUUGAGCCACAAAGCAUCAAAUUGGACUGUGGACGACAAAGGAAUAGAAUUUACCAUGGACACAUUGCAAGAUGGCGGUCGCUAUGAUGUUGAUGUCAUAUAUUUUGAUCAAGAUAACGAAUACUGUAAAGAUUCGGUCCAUACUACUUUGGAAGUACCAGCUCGACCAGAUCGUGUACCGAAGAUCAAACUCAUAAUAAUAGUGCUCCUGCUAUUAUUGACAGGAAUGACAACUAUUAUCAUUUUGAAAUAUGGUAGUAGGAUUCUAGCAGUGAUCUUGAAAAUACGUCACCUUUUUUCGAAUGCUGAUAUUGUUUUGGAUGUGCCAUCUUUUCCUAGCCCUGCUAAGGUAUUUCACAACGUUCUGUACGAGCCCGUAGUGCCCCCGCGACGAGAUCUAAAGGAUUCGUACGAUUUUCCCAGAGAAAAAAUAGAACAUGUUCGAGUUUUAGGCCAGGGAGAAUUUGGGAUCGUAUAUGAGUCCAAAGCCUGGAGACUUAACGGUAGACGAGGUUAUACUAUGGUGGCCGUAAAAGUACUGAAAGAAUGCAUACCGCAGAAUGAAAUUGCCGAAUUCAGACACGAAAUAGAUAUGCAAAAGAAAAUCGGUAAUCACAAAAAUGUGAUCAGAAUGUUGGGCUGUGUCACAUUGACCCAACCUAUGAUGAUCAUAAUGGAACUAGUCCCUACAGGAAAUUUGAAAGACUAUUUCAGAAAGCUAAGAGAUAUUUGGUCUGGGGCUGACAAUAGACGGUUUUUUGGAGAGACAAGUUUUGACGGACAAUAUAUACAACCAGAUGGUGGACAAAGUGCUUCCGAGACUAUACAGAAUGUUACUGAGGCUGACAAGGGCUUAGAAACUGAAAAUUUAGAUGACCUGAUACAUUGCGACUCAGCUGACUCCACUCCUUUAUUUGAAAAAGAACCAGAACCUGCCUUAGAUCAUAAGGAACUCGAAAAUUUCGCAUAUCAAAUUGCUUGUGGGAUGGCUCACUUAGAAAACAAGGGAAUUGUCCACAGGGACUUGGCCGCAAGAAAUAUCCUUAUCACGCAUAACAAAACAUUGAAAGUGUCCGACUUUGGUAUGUCAAGACAAGGAACUUAUAUUACUUAUAGGCUGAAAAAAAUACCUUUGAGGUGGAAAGCGUUAGAGUUUUUGGAGCAGUUCAAAGAUGACAGCAAAACUGACGUUUGGGCGUACGGAGUCGUGUUAUGGGAGAUCGGCACUUUAGGUGCAUUUCCUUACGAAGAGAUCCACAACGACAACAUCCUGGCGUAUCUUCAAGCUGGAAAUCGACUGGCAAAGCCGAUCACUUGCACAGAUGCCCACUACCAAGUGAUGAUGUCCUGUUGGGAACGAGAUCCUUGCAAAAGACCCACUUUUGCUGAUAUUCGGAGACAUUUUGCGUUUACGAAAAAUCACGCUUACGUAGACUUUAGUGGAAUCAACCCUAGUUACGUAUUUCCUCCUAUGUGCGAUAAGGAGGGUAAUGAGAGCGAUAUCAAGGAUGUAACAGGUUAGAACAUACUGUAGAGUAUGAAUCUUUUCUGUGCCUUUGAGUUCUUCAUUAUGAUAAAAAUUGUUUUUUAAGGUGUUCAAGAAACUGUGGCAAAUGGAAGUUUUCAGAAUAACGUGACAGGGUGUAAUAUGAAAAAAACAUAAGAAAGAGAAAGUAUAAUUAUUAUUGUACGACUUUUUCUAAGCAAUGACGCCUUAAAGUGAUUGUGCUUGCAUGUUUGGCAGCGAUUUUUCAAAUUUUCGUUUGAUCUGUGACAAGUGCAUUGUUGUACUUAAUAAAAUUAGUGUAAUAUUUUUAUGAUUUUUCUUAUUCGCAGUGACAGGAAAAUUUGAAUUUCCCGCCAUUUCUACUAUCAGGAGCAGAUGCUCUUCGUAUUUCUGUUAUCCUGGUAGGAAGUUUUAUUUAUGAACUUUGACAAUUUUCGAUAGGAAACUGAUCGAAUGUGUCGCCAUGUUUAGUCGCUGUAAUUCUGUAUCAGGAUCACAGAAAUUUACACCUUACAGUUAUAAUAAGUCAUUUAUUUUGUUGUUAAAUAGCCAUAGACUAAAACAAAUCAAAAAUCAAAUGGAAGUGGUAGAACAAAGACACAUACAAUUGAACAAACAAUACAAUACAGAUAAACAGUUUUAC